ACUUCACUUUAGAUAAUUGUGUUAAAAGCAGCCUCGUGUAUCCAAAUCGUUCGGUGCAGAACUGUCCAAACAUGUCUGGAGACAGCUGCAUUCACCGCUGGAGAUCGCUCGGGAAGAUGUUUCCCCGCUCAGGAAAAUCCAUCGUCUUUGACAGCUUUCCAGAUCCAUCUGACACCUGGGAGAUCAUUGAGACUAUUGGUAAAGGGACUUAUGGGAAAGUUUAUAAAGUGCUUAACAGGGUCAAUGGCAGCAAAGCCGCCGUCAAAAUACUGGAUCCAAUCCAUGAUAUUGAUGAGGAAAUCGAAGCUGAGUAUAACAUCCUGAAAGCUCUCUCAGACCAUCCCAAUGUCGUCAAGUUCUUUGGAAUGUUCUACAAGAAGGACGUCAAGAACGGAGACCAGCUAUGGCUAGUGCUGGAGUUGUGCAAUGGAGGGUCUGUCACUGAUUUGGCUAAAGGCAUGCUAAAAAGAGGAGACCGCAUGGAGGAACCCGUCAUAGCCUACAUCCUACAUGAAGCUCUUAUGGGUCUCCAGCAUUUACACAUCAAUAAAACCAUCCAUCGAGACGUCAAAGGCAACAACAUCCUGCUCACCACAGAAGGAGGAAUCAAGCUGGUUGACUUCGGGGUAUCGGCCCAGCUUACGAACACCCGGCUACGGAGGAACACUUCGGUCGGGACGCCCUUCUGGAUGGCCCCUGAGGUCAUCGCGUGUGAGCAGCAGCUGGACUCCACGUAUGACGAGCGCUGUGACGUCUGGUCUCUGGGCAUCACGGCCAUAGAGCUGGGUGAUGGAGACCCGCCCCUAGCUGAUCUUCAUCCAAUGAGAGCUCUCUUCAAAAUUCCAAGAAAUCCUCCACCCACCCUACACCAACCGGAGCUCUGGUCAAGCGAUUUUAACGAUUUUAUAUGCAAGUGUCUGAUAAAGGAUUUUGAGCUCAGGCCCAAUGUGUUUGACCUUCUUCAGCAUGUCUUCAUCAAACAGAUUGUGGGUAGAGAGAAGACGCUGCAGAAGCAGCUGAUGGAGCUAAUCGACCUCAACCAGCAAAUGGGCGUUAUCGAGAAAACAAGGCAUGAGCGGAUCCACACCAAAAAAGGCAGCUACAUGAAGUCUGAAAGUCAAACUUGUGACGACUUGGAUGAUCUGGCAACCCUAGAGGUUCUAGAUGAAAACACAAUCACCGAACAGCUACAGAGACGUUACUCAAAGGAGCAGAUCUACACCUACGUUGGAGAUAUCCUCAUAGCGGUUAAUCCAUUCCACAAAACGGAGCUGUACACGCCGGAGCAUACUAAAGUUUAUGUCGGAGCCAAAAGAACGUCCAACCCUCCUCACAUAUAUGCAGUGGCAGACAUUGCGUAUCAGUCCAUGGUGUCUUAUAAUGCUGAUCAGUGCAUUGUCAUUAGCGGAGAAAGCGGUGCUGGGAAAACAGAAAGUGCCCACUUAUUAGUCCAACAGCUGACUGUCCUGGGAAAGGCAAACAAUCGGACCCUCCAAGAGAAGAUUUUGCUGGUCAAUAGUCUGGUGGAGGCCUUUGGAAAUGCCUGCACUGUGAUCAAUGAUAACUCCAGUCGUUUUGGGAAGUAUCUGGAGAUGAAGUUCACCUGUGGAGGGACUGUGGUGGGAGCUCAGAUCUCAGAUUACCUGCUGGAGAAGUCCCGGGUCGUACACCAGGCCGUAGGAGAACGUAACUUCCACAUCUUCUAUUAUAUCUAUGCCGGUCUGGCUGAGAGGAAGAAACUGGGCCACUACAAGCUGUCAGACAGCAAAACUCCAAAGUAUCUCCACAAUGAGAAUGUUAAAUUAGUGCCUGACAUUGUGGGCAAUGCCUUCUAUAAGGAGCAGUUUGAGACGGUGGAGCAGUGUUUCAAAGUCAUCGGCUUCACUUUAGAGGAGCUCGGGAGUGUUUACAGUAUCUUAGCUGGGAUCCUAAAUGCAGGAGAUGUCGAGUUCACAUCUGUCGCUUCUGAACAUCAGACGGACAAAAGCAACAUUUCCAACAUGGCAGUACUAGAGAGUGCUGCAUCGCUGUUGUGUAUCCGUGCGGAUGAGCUCCAGGAAGCGCUGACCUCUCACUGUGUGGUCACGCGGGGCGAAACCAUCGUCAGAUCAAACACAGUGGAGAAGGCCACUGAGGUACGGGACGCCAUGGGCAAAGCCCUCUACGGACGCCUGUUCAGCUGGAUCGUCAACCGCAUCAAUUCUCUCCUGAAACCAGACAGCGACAGCCAGUCAGAGGAGGAAGACAAAGGUCUAAACAUCGGUAUUCUGGACAUCUUUGGCUUUGAAAACUUUAAGAGGAACUCUUUUGAGCAGCUCUGCAUCAACAUCGCCAAUGAGCAGAUCCAGUUCUACUUCAACCAGCACAUCUUCGCCUGGGAGCAGGACGAGUAUCUGAACGAAGAUGUGGAUGCUCGAGUGAUUGAAUAUGAAGAUAACCGGCCGCUGCUGGACCUGUUUCUUCAGAAGCCCAUGGGCAUGUUGGCUCUGCUGGAUGAGGAGAGUCGCUUUCCUCAGGCAACUGACCAGACCCUCGUCGAGAAAUUUGAGGACAACCUAAAGUCCAAACACUUCUGGAGACCAAAGAGGGUUGAUCUGGGCUUUGGAAUCAAUCACUACGCAGGGAAGGUGAUCUAUAACGCCGGCGGUUUUCUGGCUAAGAACAGAGAUGCUCUGCCCGCUGAUAUUGUUCUUCUGCUGAGGUCUUCAGAGAAUGAAUUGAUCCGGAAACUGGUUACUCACCCACUCACUAAAACAGGUAACUUGGCUCACACUAAAGGAAAGGCUGCAAGCUCUGCUCGUAUGGGCACGCAGCAAUCACAACGCACCAUUAACUUUGCCAAGUCUUCCUCUCGGAAAUUAACUCCCACCCUUGACAAAACAAUGCUUGCCUUGCCUGUUGACACUGUACAAACGGCGGAGAGCACAGGAGACACCACGCGUCACCCCAGAGAGACCACCAACAUGAAGACUCAAACGGUGGCCUCUUACUUCAGAUAUUCUCUAAUGGACCUGUUAUCAAAGAUGGUGGCAGGCCAGCCUCACUUUGUGCGUUGCAUAAAACCCAACAAUGAUCGCCAAGCCCAUAAGUUUGACAGGGAGAAGGUUUUAAUCCAAUUACGCUACACUGGUAUUCUAGAGACUGCCAAGAUUCGCAGACAGGGCUACUCUCAUCGCAUUCUCUUCAACAACUUCAUCGAAAGAUACGCUAUAUUAGCAUUUAGAGCCAAUGAGGAGCCAGCAAUGAAUCCUGAGACAUGUGCUGUUAUUUUGGAGAAGGCCAAAUUAGAAAACUGGGUUCUGGGAAAAACAAAGGUAUUUCUUAAAUACUAUCAUGCGGAGCAAUUGAAUUUGAUGGUGAGGCAGACCACAGACCGAAUUGUUCUGGUCCAAGCAUAUGUACGGGGCUGGCUGGCAUUUAAACGAUACCGGUUGGAGCUGGAAAAACGAGAACAAAGUGCCGUGGUGUUGCAGUCAGCAUACAGAGGACACAAAGUUAGGAAAAGAGUGGCUGAUGACAAAAGCAAAGCAAAGUCAGAGGCUGUUAUCACACAAUUUCAAGCGGUUUGCAGAGGAUAUCUGUCAAGACAGAAAUAUAAGGAGCUGCUAGAUGAGAAGAACAAAGCUGCUGCAAAGAUCCAGGCUCACUACAGGGGACACAAAGAGAGGAAAAGCUUCAAGAGGAAAAAGGAAGCCAUGCAGAAGGAAAACACCGACAAGACAGAGGAAGUAACGGAGGCCUCAUCAGAAUCAGAAGGUCCAGUUACAGAAGAACCUCCACAGGAAGGAGGUGAAGUGGUAACAGAUGAAGCUGAUGAAAAGGCUGCAGUGGUCCUCCAAAGUAACUACCGAGGUUACCGGGAACGAAAGAAAUACAAGGAGCGUAGGGAACACAACAAGACUUUAACAGGGGAUGAGCUGGCUGUUUCCUCAUCCACCUCUGAAGAAGUCACUCCUGGUGAAGAUUUGGAUGCUAUACAAGAGGAAGUACAGGAGAAUAUGGAGGAAGAAGGAAAGGAGGCUGAGGAAGAGGCUGCAAGUGAAGGAGAUGAGAACAAUGAACAGGAAGCCAAGGCAGCCACUGUUCUCCAGAGCAACUUCAGAGGUCAUAAAGAACGUAAAAAACUCCAAGAGGAGGGUAAGAUGCCGGUUAGAGGAAAGAAGGAGACAAGUUCUCCAGCUGAAGAGGAGCUUCCAAUUCCAGAUCCACCACCUCCAGAAGAAUUGAUGGAAUUCACUGAAGACAUGGAGGAUGAGACUCCAGUUGAACCACCAGGAGAAGAUGAAGAGGCCAAAGCCGCUGUUGUUCUUCAGAGCAACUUCCGUGGCCACAAAGAACGUAAAAGGCUCCAAGAGGAAGGAAAAAUCCCAAAGAAAAAGCCAAAAGAAGAUAUGGAUAAUCCAGAUGCUUCAGAAUCAGACAUUUCUCUUGAGGAACUCCCACCACCUCCAUUAGAAUUCGAGCAAGACCAAGAGCUAGAUUCCAGCCAGUCUCCAGAGGCAGAUGAAGAACAUGCCGCAACAGUUUUACAGAGCAACUUCAGAGGUCACCAGGAGAGAAAGCGAUUGAGAGCAGAGAGAGAAGGAGCCACUGGAAAAGAGCAAGAAACUGUUGAAGAGGUGGAGGAGCAGGAGAAUGGGGAAGCUUUGGACAUCACAGAUGUUCAGCUGGAACGGAAGGGGGUAGAAGAUGAUGCCCAAUAUGAUGAGGAGCAGGCAGCCAUUAAAAUUCAGAGCAAUUUUAGAGGUUACAAAGACAGAAAGAACCUGAAAGCUACGUCACAAAAACAAGAUGAGGACGUGGAGUUACUCUGCAAACAGGUAACCAAGGUCUCUGAAGAUUUCUUAUCAUUGCAAAAGAAGUUAAAUGAAAUCAUCCUUGCUCAUCAGCUCAACCCCAAUGAAAAUGGGAUGUUUGUGAAAGGACAAACUAUAAAUGGCUACAUGGGCUACUACCAGCCACCAGCAGCCGACACAAAGCAGUCCCGAACGUCUCGCCGCACACAACAACCAAAGACCCUGAACACGCCGGAGGACUCCACAUACUACACGCUCAUUCAUAGGUCUGUCCAGGAUGAUAAAAGGAGGCCAAGAAAACAAAGCCCCAAAAGGCUGGACAACGAUGACCAGUACUACCAGGGUUUGUCCGGCGCAAAGUCCACAAGCCUUCCCAGUGUCAGACGCCGCUCCAGCAAACGGAGAUCUCCCGCCGAAAGAAGACGCUCUUCUGAGAGACCACUGUCUGACGUCCCCAGAUCCGAUCUCCCUAGUGACCCAACGGAGACGAGGCACUCGUUCUCCAGAAUGCCCUCUACGGAGAGCCAAAGCCAGGACAACCCUUACGACUACAGAAAGAUUCUGAGGAAGACCUCCCAGAGACGAAGGCUAAUAACACAGCCCUAACCGGCGAGCUUCAGAACUUCCGUAAACGCCGUCGGUGACCGACGAGGUCGGCGAACAAAAACGCCGCUUGUCCUCGAAGGUUCAUUUGCUCACCGUUGUGUCAUUUUACAACCCACGUGAUUUUUUUUUUAUGUUUCACACAAAAGGAGAACGUUUGAAUGAUGCACCGCCUGCUCUUUUCCGUGCGGUUUCCAUUCGCAAAAAAUCGGACGGACCCGUCUUUUUGGGUGACCCGUUUCUUUAAGCGACAUGCCACGUUUUCAGUCCCUUUAUUGUUGCUUGUUUUGGCUGAAGAGCUGGCUUUAGUUCAAAUAGUUACGUAAAUAUGUUUUUUUUUGCUGUACAGAGCUGCUACUCGACUGAUCAGACGCUUAAAUGGAUAGAAAUGACGUUUUUAUGGAUGGAGCCGAGGUUUUUGCUGCUCUUGCUUGAAUUUGAACUCAGGUUUAGCAGUCAGUGUUUUCUGCACGUUGAUGCAUCUGUGAGAAUAAAGAUUCGUUCUUGAAGAUUUCAUAAAUUAACCUUUAUAUUUUCACCAGUUAGGUUAUAUUUCAUCUGCUGUAUUCUUUGAUUUAGGGAGUCGGGGCUUGCUGCCUCUUUUCUUCAUAAACAUUCAUACAUGCAUUAUAAUAAUUCCUCAGAUUCACUGCUAUCAUUUAAUAUAUAAAUGUUUGACUUGCGUAUUCCUGGAAUGUCACUUGUUUGUAAAUAUGAUUUUCUACAUGUUUAAUUCAAAUAAUUAGCCUAAUGAUGAAGUGUAAAUAAUGGCUGAUGUUAAACCCUGAGCACACUAAAGUAAUACUAAAUCAGA